AGACUCACGUUACGAAAACUUCUCGCUCGUAUGCUGCCCUUGUCGUUGUUGUGGAUGAUUAAAGGUGACUGAGACAGUGAAAGAGUUAGGAUCCAUGGUUGCAGCGCCGCUCGCUCUAAUGACUUCUCCUAACACAUUCCAACCCUUGAUUGCAGACAAAUUCUUCACGAAUAGCAUACUCUCUCGUCCACCUGGAGCUUUUCCUGAGCGCAUCCCUUCGCAGACGUUCCCUGCGGAGGCAGAUCGUUACCUACUCUACAUCUACCCAGGAUGUCCGUGGGCACAGCGGGCAAACAUUACUCAUAAGCUCAAAGGCCUGCAGGAUGUCAUUCAGGUUGUGGUUCUCGAUAGUCUGGAGCCAGGGAAGGGAUGGUGUUUCUCUGGUGAAGGCCAAUUUGGCCACAGGAGGUGUCCCGUUUUUGGAUGCAAGUACCUGAAGGAGAUCUACGAGUUCGCAGCACCCUCGUACGACUGCCGUAUCAUGAUUCCAGCAUUACUGGACAAGCAGACCAAACGAAUCGUGAGUAAUAGCAGCGGCGAAAUCACCCGCAUGUUCAUAUCAGCAUUCGACGACCUGCUACCCCUCGCUCGGCGAGAAUCAAGCAAAGGCUCAGGAGGUCUCUUACCGGCACAGCUUCUAGCCCAGAUAGACGACUUCAAUGCUUUCGCAUACGACUCCAUCAAUAACGGGGCUUAUAAGACCGGCUUUUCCUCUUGCCAGAAGUCAUAUACUGAAAAUGUGACCCGGCUUUUCGACGGACUAGACCGAGUAGAGGCGCUGCUUUCACAGCCAGGUCACUCUCCAUAUCUCUUUGGAUCCCACGUCACCGAGGCUGACAUUCGGUUGUUCCCUGCGAUUGUCAGAUUCGAUGUUGUCUACCAUACGCUCUUCAAAUGCAACCUCAAGAUGAUAAGGUACGACUAUCCGCGCAUACAUGCCUGGCUUCGGAGACUCUACUGGGAUGAGAGUACCUCGCAUGCAUUCAAGGACACGACAUAUAUGCAAAUUAUUCGCGAAGGCUAUACGAGAGCUGCUGGAGAGACCAUCGUACCUAUCGGUCCACUACCCGACGUCGUUCCUCUCUCUCCGUGACGCUAUGCGAGCGAUUGAAGCCUGCUCUCACAGCGAUUCCGUCUGAUCCCACUUGCAUAUACAACGGCGUUCGGUGGCUUUUUCAUGAGACUAUUCCUACCAUGCAUGCAUAGUUACUAGCGGUUGCAUUCGCGGGCAUUUUCUUUUUAUGAGCACAAGAUAUCCAUGUAGUAUCCAGGAAUAUAGAUCGUUCAUUC